UGCCAACUCAAAUAAAUACAUUUAAUAAAAACUUUUUAAUAUAUUUUCAUUCAUCGUCAGUUUUUUUAUUUUUACAAAUUAACGAGAUUACAUACUAUUAAAUGUAAAUAUUUUCUUCUAGUUUUGACAUAUAUAACUAAACUAUCUCUGAUAAUAGUCCUCAUUCAUAUGAUAAAUACAAAAUAAAAUAACAAUCCACUGCAGUGACUUAGGAUCACUGCUGUGGGUUGAGAAGUAAUUAUAAGAUGAGAAGCAUAAAAGCUUAGUUCAGGCUGUGGAUCAGUGGAUGCCUGGAUGAUUCAAACACACAUUAUCCCUCUCUCUUCAGGGGAAUAUUCAGCUAACAGCCUUUCUCACCCAUUACACCUCCCCUGCUCCAUCUUGCUCCCCCUUUCCCCUCAAUUCUACGCUCCGUCACUCGUGCACAGUCUCUUCACUUACUUCUUUCACAGCUCCUCUCUCCUCUCCUCCACUCCACACUGACUUCUCUCCUCCUGUCUGUCUCCCUCCUUCUCCAUUAGUCUUUAUCCUCUUUUAAUUCCAUGCACUUUGCCUCCUCGGGUGAUUCAGAUGACGGCAGCAUGUGGCAGGCUGUGGCUCUGUGGCUGCUGAUGCACAUGACUCUUCCCCAGGUGUCAGUGCAGGGACCCCACCAGCGCUUCCUGCUCAGGGAGCUGCUGAGAGACUACAAUCCCAUGGAGAGGCCGGUGGCCAACGACUCCCAGACUCUCACUGUUCAGUUCUCCUUCACUCUGAUGCAGGUCAUGGAUGUGGAUGAAAAGAACCAGAUCCUCACCACCAACGCUUGGCUGCAGAUGCAGUGGUACGACCACUACCUGCAGUGGAACCAGUCAGAUUACCCUGGAGUUAAGAACCUUCGUUUCACCCCGGACCAGGUUUGGACCCCAGACAUAUUACUGUAUAACAGUGCCCACGAUAAGUUCGAUGCUACUUUUAAGACCUAUGUUCUGGUCAACUCCAGUGGCUUCUGUGAAUAUCUGCCUCCAGGAAUCUUUGUCAGCACAUGUAACGUGGAUGUCAAGUGGUUCCCAUUUGACAUCCAGCGAUGUGAGAUGAAAUUCGGUUCCUGGACAUUUGAUGGUUGGCUCCUGGACAUCCAGAUGAAGGAGGCUGACGUAUCAGGAUACAUGCGUAACGGAGAGUGGGACCUAAUUGAGGUUCCUGGCGACCGUCAUGAGGUUUUCUACGACUGCUGCACAGAGCCUUACCCUGACGUUACGUUUGUGGUGACCUUACGGAGGAGGACCCUGUAUUACGCCCUCAAUCUCCUCAUCCCGUGUGUGCUCCUCUCUUCCAUGACCUUGCUGGUUUUCCUGCUUCCUGCCAACUCUGGGGAGAAGAUCAGCCUGGGCAUCACGGUGCUGCUGUCUCUGACCGUCUUCAUGCUGAUGGUUGCAGAGAUUAUGCCGGCAACGUCAGACUCUGUGCCAUUGAUCGGUCAGUACUUUGCCAGCACCAUGGUGAUCGUAGGGAUGUCCGUCGUAGCUACAGUCAUUGUUCUACAGUUCCAUCACCAUAAGGUCAACAGUGGGCCGAUGCCACGCUGGGUCCACUUGGUUCUGCUGCAGUGGGUUCCUUGGUUCCUGCGAAUGAAGCAUCCAGGUGAGGCAGGCGAUCCUCAUCUUUCCAACAACCAGACCGACUCUCACACCAAGCCCCUUUCCUCUCCUGCCACCACCACCACCACUACCACCACCACCAACACCAUCACUCCCCCACUGCCUUCCAUCCUCCCCCCCAGCCUCAACUCCCUGCAGACCAACUUUGCUCAGUUCAGCCACACUCUGCCUCACCCAGCUCCCCACAGGCCCAACUCUCAGGCCAUCCUUAUUCCUAAUCCCAGUCACAGAGAUCCCGGCAGCAACCCACACUCCCAGCUGAACGGUCAUCUGCCCUACAUGGGCUUUCAAAUCAUCCAGACAAAUGUGGAGGUGGAACCGUUUCAGCGGAGUAGAACCAUGAGUCGCGGGAGAAACAACACGGCAGAGGAAGGAGCUGGGGCAGAGGAGGGAGAUGAGGGCUCACCAGAACCACACCACAUCCACACCAUGAAGUUUGGACGAUCUCCCCAAGAACUGUCUCCAGACCCGGAUGCAUUAACAACCUGCGGCCCCGAAGAGGGCGGCGCUGGGGCCGUGAGGCCAGCCGCCGCGCUGACCCACGGCGGCGUGGCUCCUUCAGCGGCGGUGGACAGCCAGCUGCAGGCUCUGCUGGUGGAGGUGCAGUUCUUAGUUGAACGAGUCCGAGAGCAGGACAGGCAGCUGAGCGUGUCAGAGCAGUGGCAGUUCGCUGCUGCCGUUAUCGAUCGCCUGUGUCUGGUGGGAUUCAGUGUCUUCAACAUCAUUUGUACCAUCGCCAUUCUAAUGGCUGCGCCCAACUUUGGUGAAGCUUUAUCCAAAGACUUCCUCUGAGAGGAGGAGGAAAAAAAACAAACUGGACAGUGGAGCAUGAGGCUGGUAACGAUCUGCUGGAAGCACAACGAGUUCUAGAGGACACCAGGGGGCGUGUCAACAGCAUUUCUACCAUUUUUUUUUCAGACUGUCGAACACGUGGCCUGGUCUAGAGAGUUUUUUUUUUCUCCGUUCAGAUUUUAUUCGAGUCCGGUUUGUGGAGUAAAUCUUUGCCUGACUGGAAAAUAUAUACUUUGGAGAAUGAGCGUUAAAAAGUAGUUUUACUAGAUUUGUAAAGUAUUUGUAAUAUUUUUGACAUGCAACACAAAGUUUUUCACUAAAGUCUUGCAUGUAAAAAUGAAGAGUCUGUACAUUUUCAUUGGAUGAAAAUCUCUUUCUCUGUGUGGAUGACUGAGGACUGAGGUUUAUCUUCAGUGAACUCCUGAACUGAUCUCAGGAGAUAAAUAACCAGAGACACUUUCUGCACCUCUAGGACUGAGGUCCCAAACCUUUCGAUCAUGACGAAAUAAAACAGUACGACUGAAAUAAAACAAAUAUAUAGACCAGGAAGU